AUGGAAUCUAAAAAGUUAACAUUUAAAUGGAUUUUAACGUUGUUACUUAUAUGGCAAUGCAAGGGAAAGCCUGCCAAAUCUUUUCCAAACCUGGAAGUAAAGUGGACAUCGAGAGGAGGUGAUGUUGAUAAAGUGGAGGCAAACACAUACGGGUUGCAGAAAGCACUGCGGUAUAAAUGGAAAAAUGGAGUUGUUCCCUUCGAACUUGAUGCUUCUGUUAAGAACAAAGUCUUGAAUAAAGUUGGCAUCACAGGACCUACUGAAAAAGCGAUACGCAGUGCUAUGCAAGCUUGGGAAACGAAAACAUGUAUAAAGUUUGUGGAAAGAACAAACGAGAAAGAUUAUAUUCAAUUUUUUGACGGGGGUUUUGCACGGUGUUACUCCCACGUUGGAAGGUUAGGGGUCGGAAAGCAGAGAAUUUCACUCGGAUUCGGUUGUUUCACAACUGGUACUGUCAUCCAUGAAAUCGGUCAUGCUUUGGGUCUACAUCAUGAACAAUCGAGACCAGAUAGAGACCAAUUUGUUGAAAUUCUUUGGGAUAACAUUCCAAAAAGUAAGCAUUUUGCAUUCAAGAAGUAUUCUCACAGCAAAAUUGACAGCCUUGGAAGUCCUUAUGAUUACGGCUCCAUCAUGCACUACGAGUGGAAUGCGUUCUCAAAGAUUCCAUUGGUUCAAAGAACAAUACGUUCGAAGCAAAAGGGAAAAAGUUUAGGUCAACGUUCGCAUAUUAGCGUGCAAGAUGCAUGGCAAAUAAAUAAAUAUUAUAAUUGUAAAAUAUAAUAAAUCCAACAUUUUUGUUUUCUGUGUUCCUAGAAAAAAACAAAAAAGAGUAAAGGUAGACGUAGCAGUUAUCACAGGGUGGGGGCAAUCUUGUUAUCAGGGAGGUCAUCUUUAGACGGUUUCAUUCUAAUGCAAAAAGCCUAACAUGUCCAAGGGACUCGAUUGGAAUUUAAAAGGAACAAAAAUACAUAUAAAGUCUUUUGAAGCAUCCCAAGACGAUAUAAAUGUAUCAAGCAGAAUUUUAUAUUUCUUUUGAUUGUUCAAAAUAGAUGUCUAUCAAAACAACCCAUUACGUCGAGUCCGGCCGGAGGUUCCGCUUACAAACUAUUUUAAAAACAUAGUACUUAUGU